UUGACCAUAAAAAAAAUAUUGGCGCUCUAAAUUCAUUUAGGCGCCUUUUUCGAGAUAAUAAAAUUUAAAUAUGCGCUAAUUUUUUUCUUUCACAAGAUCUGAUUUCUAUUCUUCAUGAAAUAGGAAGUUAAUUCCUUAUAAAAUACCAUUGGAGAUAAGGAAAAAAGAAAAACCCUAGCAGUAUUUAUCCUACAAUACGUCACUUUAGCAUUCCACAGUUGAGGAAAAAUCAGUCUCUGCCUAGACGAUAACAGAGAUACUCAUGGCAGCAGUUUCGAAGAAAUCUCGACGUUCAAUUGGAUCUAUGCUCGACGCCGUUGUUCAAGAAACUAGCAACCAAAAUAACACAAGUAAUGAUUUUGACUUCGAUGAAUCAUUUUCAGAGAAUAAUUCUGGAACCGCUGACACUGCCACACAACAUAGUGAAGAUGACGAUGAUGUGAAUGAUCGUGAAAUAGUGAGAAGAGGACAUGCAAAAAUGGAUUUGAGUGGGGGACUGGAAAAGUCAUGGUCUUGGAACAAGAUUCUGAAAACCACGUAAUCGGGAGCAAUGCUAAGUAUUUUUCAUCUCAGUUGGGUAUUAUGGCAAAAGAUGGAAACAAAUUGCCCCUUUCAUAUACUGAUUGGAGGGCAGUGCCCAAUACACAAAAGGAUCUCAUUUGGGAUGACGUGAAGGAGAAUACAAAUUUAACAGACAACUACAAAAACAAUUGUUUGAGGAAAAUUGGAAAGUUGUGGAAGGAUUGGAAAGGUCGGUUAAAAGCAAAAUACUAUACACCGCAUAGGCAUGACAAGAGUUAUGUUCUAUCCAAAUGUCCACAAAGGGUUGAACCUGAUCAAUGGCCUAUAUUGGUGAACUAUUGGAGCUCUAAUAAUGCAAAGAAACUAAGUAAGACCAAUAGAAAUAGUCGAAAGCUUGUUAAAUUACCACCGAGAAUGGGAAGAAAGGAUAUGGCUGGUGCUAAAGAUGAGUACCGUCGGGAACACGGCAAAGAGCCAUCAAAGUUAGAUUUGUUUAUAUAUUCAAGACAAAGGAAGAGCGAGAAGCCAGUGGAUAAAAAUACUGAGGAAAAGAUUGCUCGCUUGAAAGAAUUGAAGCAGAAGUUGCCCGAAGAAUUAGUGGAUGAUAUUGAAGCUAAUGAUGCAAUUUUUCAAGAAGUUAUUGGAAGGGAAGCACCAGGAUGUUUACGUAAUAGUAAUAUUGUUUCGAGUAAGAAUUUGAUUUACACCUCUCGAGAAGAAUUUGAUCGAGCUGUUCAAGAAAGAACUAAUGGCGAAAUUGAGAGCAUUCGAAAGGGAUUUGAAGAGAAUAUUUCAAAAUUCAAAGAAGAAUAUUGCUCCAAAAUGGAAUUGCUUCAAGCUCGUCUUCUCACAUUAGAGGAUCAAAAUAUGAAUGUAUCGGGAUCUUUGAAUUCUCGACGUAUUCAAGCUGUAAAUAAUGGGUCAUCAUCAGAGGGAUUUAUGAACAUGGAGAUUUUCAGUGAAGCCAAUGAAACUCUUGAGGUAGUGAGAAGUUUUUUGUUUAUAGGAACAAGUGAUAACUACAAGGAGCAGCAAGAGGAAGAGAAAUUGCCAAUGAUCGUCGUCGUCACGUUGCCACAACUAAACUUUCAUUAUUUCAUUGCAAGAUAA